GUGAUGCACUGUGGGAAGCAUAAUGUCGACAUAGCAACCAGGCGACAGAGCCACCAACCUACUUUUCCUGCCCCCCGUUUCGGAUUUGUUUUGCUGGGCUUUUCUGUGUUUAUAUUGCUUUGCUUUGCUCUUGACUGGUGUCAUGAACGCGGCGGUGGUGAAAAAGACCCAGGACUCGCUGGGCAAAGUGAUCAGGAAACCGCCGCUGACGGACAAACUGCUAAACAAGCCUCCGUUUCGUUACCUCCACGACAUCUUCAGUGAGGUCAUCAGGGCCACUGGUUUUAUGAAAGGCCUGUAUGGAGAGAAUGAGAUGAAGUCAGAUAAUGUUAAGGAUAAGGAUUCCAAGAUAGCCUUCCUCCAGAAAGCCAUAGAUGUCGUAAUGCUGGUGAUGAGUGAGCCCUUGGCAGCCAAGCCAGCACGUAUCGUGGCCGGCCAGGAGCCAGAGAAAACCAAUGAGCUGCUGCAGGCCAUCGCCAGGUGCUGCCUCAACAAGAUGUCCAGUGACGAUGCAGUUAAGCGAGUACUUGCAGGAGAAAAGGUGGACAUCAAGACCAAAGCCAGCACCUCCAGGUCCCAGGACAAGGAGAACAGGGAAGGACGUGAGCGUCAUUUGGACAAAGACGAAAAGAAAAAGAUAACGGAGCGCAGUGGAAGUCGUGACCAGAAGGAACCAGACCAGCCUAAAGAGCAGGAGAGUCAGCACAGAGACAGAGAGAAAGAGCACCAACGGGACAGGGAGCGCUCUGACAAACGCCACCGCAGUGAACAGGAUCGCGACAAAGACCGUGACAAAGACAAGAGUCGAGAUCGGGAAAGAGAGCGGGACAAAGGACGAGCCAAAGACAAGGGGAAGGACCGAGAGAGGGACCGAGAACGGGAAACGGACAAGGAGAAGGGUAAAGAGCGAGAAAAGACAAAGGAGAGGGAUUCCCGCAAAGAUGUGGAAAGAGACAAGGAAAAACGAAGAGACAAAGAGCGAGAGAAAGACAAAGAGCGUCACAAAGAGGGGGAAGAGAGGAACAAAAGUAUGGAGAAUGGCAAUGUCAAGACCAGAUUAUCAGAGGAACCAGAGCAAAAACCCAGCUCCCAGGAGCCCAGCACAACAGCCAAACCUGAUCAAAAACCAACAGAAGAGCCUGCAGAAGCAGUUGAAAACCAGUCACUGUCCGACAGUCCUGCUAGAAUACCUCGACCUUCAUCUGCCAAAGGGCAGCGGCGGAGACCCAAAAUUGGAGGCCAAGAUGAAUCUGACAGUGAGGGAGAUGGAGAUGCACCGUUAGCAGAUGUUUCAGGCUUCUCCGUGCCAUCUGACAUGGCUUCGAGCAACAGACGGAUGGCGCGACCUAGCAGUGCUCGCCCUGCACCUCCUCGAGUCAAGAGACAGGAGAGUUACACUGACGGGACCACAGCGGAGAGAUUGUCUAGUGCCAAGCCGCCAGCACCGGUUAUCAUAGAUGGGAAGAAGCUGUCAGAGGAUGAAGAUGAGCAAUUUCUUGUGGAGGAGGCUGCAGCUCCUCCCUCAGAAGCUCCUGAGAUGGAAAUGGAUCCUGCACGAGAGCUCGACGGCGAAGAGAAACAUGGUGGUCUUGUGAAAAAGAUCCUUGAGACCAAGAAAGACUAUGAACUGUCACCAUCCUCCCCCAAAUCUAAACAGCAGAAAUGGGUGUCUGAAGCAGCGAGGAAGGAGGAGCGGGACAUUGUGAUAAGGGACAUUGAGCGCGUGCGCUCGUCCAUCCAGACUGUGUGCCGAAACUCCCUGCCUUUGGGUAAGAUCAUGGACUAUUUCCAGGAGGACAGGGACGCCAUGCAGGCCGAAUGGUACACAUGGCAACAGGAGAACAAGGAGCUCGCCCAGGCCUUGUUGGAGGAGCAGAGAGCCACAGACCUGGCGUUGGACCCUCUCAAAGCAGAACUGGCUGAGCUGGAGCAGCAGAUCAAGGACCAGCAGGACAAGAUUUGUGCUGUAAGAUUCAACAUACUGAAGAAUGAAGAGAAGAUCCAGAAGAUGGUGACGGGAAUCAACUCUUUCAAAACCUGAAAGUGAGAAACAAGGUCUAAAGAACAGAAAAGAAAAAGAAACACUUUUAUAAAUGCACUGAAGUCUAUUGUAGUCGUGAACAGAUUGUCUUAGAGAGAGAUCAUGAGGGAUGAGCUGAUAUUUGAACAGGAAGUGGACUUAGACAGAUGACUAUAUGGAUAAAUUAAACUGAUCUUCCUGCUCUGCACACCAACCUAACCCCAGAGGUUCCUCCUCUUCUGUAACGGUGCCUUUGUGGAAUGAGCCAUUGCUCAGCUCACGAGAGUUGGACCAAAUUGCUGCAUUUGAUGCUUGACAUUGCCACACAUUCACAUAUGAUUAGGUAUUAAUCAGGUUUCAAAAUGUACUUCCACAUUUUUAUUAACAAUAAUAAUAAUAAUAAUAAUAAUAAUGAAAAAGAGAGCGUUUUGAGCAGAGAAACAGAGAAACUUCUACCUGCGCGUGUGCUUAGAGUUGUAAGCAUGCUUGUGUUCUGGUUCCUCCGUCCAUCUGCUGCAGUGCAAUUUGAUUAUAGCACUACAAGAUUUAAAUGUAAUCGUUGCACAUUCAGCUGGUUGGAAACAGGAGACCAGCUGAGAUGUGUGUGUGUGAGUUUUAUAUAUCGAGGGUCUAUAGAGACCGAGCUGACUGAUAUGAUUGUUGAAUGAAUGUACAAGAUUGUUUUAAAAAUUAUGUCCCGGUAAGCUAUCCCCCACUUACUUAAAGGGAGGCUUUCGAUUCUCAGCAACAACAACUUUCUCCCAUGUCUUAAAACAAAAACAAAGCUCAUAUAUGGUUUAUUGCAUCCAUGCUUCCAUUUUUGAGGCACUGUGGCACUUUGAUGUGAAGUGAAAUAAAAGGAGGAAUUUUUGAAUUUUUUUUUUGUGAAAGCUUUUGGCAGCAAAGCAGUGUUACACAAUUUCUCUUAGAAAUAUCCUAUAAAACAUUUCAAAAGGCACAAUAACUAAUUUACACUUAUUUGUACUAUAGAUUUUUGCCAAACUCAUCCUUUUUUUGUCAUUAAGGACACAAUGUUUGGUUACAUGGCAACUUUUUGUGUUGAGAUUUCAAAUGUUAAUAAAUAAAAGAGAACUAAGAUAAUAAUUUGCUAGCUCUGUUUUUAGGUCUAUAAAAUGUGUUUGACACGUGUAGCUGAUAUGGAAAUCCAUCAGAAGCAAUACCAUACGUAUGGGCUGAUAACUGCAGUAAGAGAUUGUGUAGUAGAGAGUGAAAGUAACCACCGUCGCAGUUUUUCCAAUGUGUGAGUGAAAUACAAACGUUUUCUUGCAUAGUGGCCUCUCAGCCUAGACGACAACGCAGUUUACAUUUUUGUACAUUGUUGUUAAUACUUCCACGUGUGCAGUUGCUACCUCUGUUAGUUGUACUGCAGAAUAGCCUCACCACGGACAUAGACUGCCAGUGUUUGAAUAAUUAAACAUGCUGUGACGUCCUGGUCGAACUGAAGAAUGUAAUUUUUAUAUUUUAUGGCGAGUAAUAGCAGUCAUUAGAAUGACGUACAUUUUAAAUGGAACCAGAGCAGUCGGUCAAAAUCAUUUCAUAAUUUUAGCCUAAACAAAUAGCUUUAAAGCAGUGGAGGUGUGGAUAUCUACAGUGGUGAAAUGUUGCUUUGUGUUUAUCAAGUCUUUACUUCAACAUGCACGGUCAUUCGGUUCCAUUUAAUUCUCUUGUUUCAUCAGUAUUGUGUUGCGUUCAUCAAAUCUAAAAUGACAACAUUCAUGCAUUGAGAAAUGUAAUUUAAAAAAUCCUGUAAGCAAAAGUGGAAAGACCAUUCACACUGUACACUAUACAGUAUGUAUCAUGUCUUCUAGUUUCUCUUUAAACUGUAUAUUAUGUAUAUGUGGAAAUUGUAUUACAGUUCAGAUAAAUAUAUAUAUAAUUUUGUAGUGGAGUAAAAUAAAUGGUGAAAUUUCAA